AUGAAGCCAUAUCAUCUGUUGUCCCUCCUGUUACUCGUCGCCACGUCCUGGGCAAACCUCAAUAUCGGAGACGCAACUCUUUUCCGCAGAAACAGUACCGGUCUGACCGACGCUGUAACUUGGGAUCCUCAGUCGGUCUCGAUUUUCGGCCAACGAGUCUUUGUCCUCUCCGCUGAAAUCCAUCCGUGGCGCCUUCCUGGUAAUCCUAAUCUCUGGUCUGAUCUUUUCCAGAAAGUGAAAGCCAAUGGCUUCAACGCCGUUUCCGCCUACAUAAGCUGGGCUCUUCACUAUCCGUCUCCAGACACCAACAACGGACAAGGAGAUUUCCAAGCCGGGACCUAUCGUGAUAUCCAGAUGUUUUUUGAUGCAGUUCAAGCAGCUGGGUUGUGGUUGAUAGCGAGACCUGGGCCCUAUAUAACUGAAGACGGGGAGACUACAGGUGGUGGAUUUCCAGGAUGGGUCGAAAACAUCGGAGGUAGUCUCAGAACGGACAACACCAAUUACACCGCUGCUUGGAUGUCCUAUUUGAAUACCAUUGCCCAACUGAUAUCGAGAAAUCAAGUCACCGAAGGUGGCCCUAUCAUCCUCGUUCAAGCCGAGAAUGAGUUUAGUGCGAGCUCAGUCAAUAGUCCUUACAUGCAGGCUGUGAUUGACACUCACAGGGCGAAUGGGGUUGUUAUUCCAAUAACUCACAAUGAUCAACACAGUGGGGAGAAUGGUAACUUUUCACCGGAUUUGCCUGGACCAGGCCAAAACAAAACCAAUACAUAUAGUGGUGACUCUUAUCCUCAAGGAUCUAAUAGUUGGGCUCAAGUGCAGUCUGUCUACUACCCAUUCCACGAGGCUGUGGCGUUCAGUAACCCGUUAUGCCUUGCAGAGUUCGGCGGAGGUUUUCUUUUGAACUGGGGCUCGGAGCCCUUGGGAGGAACAGGCUAUGAGAAAUACUCUACGGACUUGACUGACGCAAACUACGAGAACGUCUUUUAUAAAGAUGCAUAUGCUCAAACUGCUAAAAUUUUUAAUAUUUAUAUGCUUUAUGGUGGGACGAAUUGGGGUCAGACGGCCGCACCUGUCGCUUAUACUUCAUACGACUACGGCGGAGGCAUCAACGAAAAUCGGAUAGCGGGUCCAAAAAUGAACGAAAUGAGACUCCAAGGAUUGUUCCUUCGCGUUUCCCGCGAUCUCUUUGGCGCGGUCUCGCUUGGAAAUGGGACUAACUACACAACGUCUGCUCUGAUGCAUACAUACGAGAUGCGGAAUUUGGAUACGGGGGCUGGUUUCUAUUUUCUUCGACAAAACGACUCCCCAUCUACAGCCCUGGUUUCCACUCAGCUGACCGUGGACACCACGCAUGGUACUCUUACUGUCCCUCAAUUUGGAGGAGGAAUCACAUUUAACGGACGAGAAAGCAAGAUACUGGUGACGGAUUAUGUCUUCGGUGCGAAUCAAAUAGUGAUAUUAUACUCGACCGCUGAAAUCAUGACCUGGUCUACCGUCGAUGAAAUUGACUACAUCAUCUUGUAUGCUCCACCAACGCAAUCAGGAGAAACGGUAUUCGUAUUUGAUUCUGAACCGACCGUUGAUGUGAACAACGCGUCAAAUGUCAAUUCGACCUUCUCAAAUGGAACCCUCACCCUUCAGUAUCUCUUGGAUGGAUCACAGUUCGUAACGAUUAAGCAUGGCAAUCUGACACUAGUAGCAAUUAUCGUGGAUAAAACCGUUGCCAAUCAAUGGCAUGCUCCUGUACUACCAGGAAAUGGAGAAUUCAGGAAUUACUUCUCUAUAGGAAGUAAUGAGACGAUUCUCGUCAGUGGUCCCUAUGUCGUCAGGAAUGCUAGUAUCACAGGUGAUACGCUAUCCCUGAAUGGAGACCUCAACGGAACUACGGCUAUCGAGUUCGUAGUGCCAAAUUCAAUUUCUAGAUUAUCGUGGAAUGGCGCGGACGUGCCAGUUCAGAAAACUGUCCGUGGUACUUUAACGGCAACCGUCGUCGUGGAACCACUUCAGCUUAUUCUACCUGCGUUAAAUAGCUGGAAGGUUACUGGAAGUCUACCCGAAAUCGAUCCUCGCUUUGACGACUCCAAUUUUACUCUAGCGGAUCAGACGCAGACAAACUACACUAAUCUACCGCCUCUGGCCGGAAGUCAGGUCCUUUAUGCACAACAAUACGGAUUUUAUGGAGGCAACAUCAUUUUCCGGGGCCACUUCAACGCUACAGGGGACGAAACUGCUGUAAAUUUAACAGUGCAAUAUGGGUUUGCGGGCGGGUACUCGGCGUGGCUCAACGGUGCCUUCCUCGGGUCUAGCCAAGGUAACGCCACCGUCAGUUUAUCUACAAAUGUAUGGCCGUUCCCAGAUGGUGCAUUGAAAGUGGGAGCAGAUAAUGUGUUGGUGGUCCUUCAAGAUCAUAUGGGUCUUUCGGAAACUAGCACUAACGGCGGUAAAGAACCUCGAGGUAUCCGAGGAUAUUCCCUAAUCGGAGGAAACACGUCUUUUACUUCCUGGAGAAUGCAAGGCAACCAGGGAGGCGCAGCGGGGGCCCCAGAUACAUUUCGAGGGUACUUGAAUGAAGGAGGCCUAUAUGCUGAACGGAUUGGCGCACAUUUGCCUGGAUACCCAGAUGAUACGUGGACUACGGGGAGUCCUUUGACUGGUGUUUCGCAAGCCGGAAUCAACUUUUAUCGGACAUCUUUUGAACUGAAUAUUCCAGAUGGAUUCGACGUUCCUGUACGGCUUUCAUUCACACCGAGCGCCAUAACGUCCAAUUUUAGGGUUCAGAUAUACCUCAAUGGUUGGCAAAUUGGGAAGUAUAUCAACAAUAUUGGACCGCAAACCGUGUUCGUCCUCCCCGCCGGAAUCCUUUUCCGCAAUUCCACCAAUACGCUUGCAUUGUCUCUGUGGUCCCUCGAUGCAGAGGGAGCCUCAAUCACUGGCCUGGAAGUGAUUUCGGAUGGAAUCUUUGCUACUGCGUUGAAAUUUGAAGAUUAUCAAGGUCCAGAUUACAAUGAGCAGAGGGAUCUUCGACCAGCAGGAAUAACGCAGAUUCCUAUGUAA